AUGGCGGUCUCGAUAUCUCAGAUAUCAUUCGAGCACCACCGCGAAGCGCUGGGCAUUGCCGAGUCUAAACCUCGCAUUUCUUGGCGAUUCGAGGGUAUUGCGCCGAACUGGACACAAGCGGGAUAUGAUAUCGAGAUACUCCGAAACGGCGUACCGCAAGUUUACUCUGUUAAUUCGUCCGACUCUAUUCUCGUCCCAUGGCCAGACACUGCUCUUGGGACAGCCGAGGAGGCUAGAGUCCGAGCACGAGCCCAUGGAAACCAAGACCAAUCUUCUACGCCAUGGUCCGACUGGGCGUCAGUUGAGCCAGGGCUAUUAAACGAUAAGGACUGGGGUAGCGCAGUUCCAAUUGCUGCUGACCGCGAGACCGAGGUGAAUGGACCUAAGCGACCGAUAUACUUUAGGAAGUCCUUCGGGGUGGACCAAAACGUGAAGUCCGCCCGACUGUAUAUCACUGCACUCGGAGUGUAUGAGGCGGAGAUCAACGGACAAAGAGUGGGCGACCGUGUUAUGGCACCUGGAUGGCAAUCAUACAAUAAUCGACAUGUCUACGAUACCUACGAUGUGACGGACCUUAUCAAGCAAGGUCACAACGGAAUCGGCGCUACCGUCGGAGAGGGCUGGUUCUCUGGUAACCUUGGCUUUAGUGGAGGGCAUAGGAAUAACUAUGGAGACACGAUUGGUCUUCUCUCCUUGCUUGUCGUUACCCUGGAAGAUGGAACCAAACUCGAGGUCCCGACCGAUGCGUCUUGGCAGGCAAAUAUCGGGCCGACGGUGUCUUCUGAAAUCUAUAACGGAGAGACAUACGACUCACGACUUGAGGCCAAGAUAGCUGGAUGGUCGUCGGGUUCGUUCAAUGGUACCAAUUGGCUCGCGGUCAAGCAGUUGCCCUCGCUGAAAGGGAAGUUAACUCCCCCAGACGGCCCGCCGGUCAGGAGGGUGGAGGAGGUUAAGCCUCAAAAUAUCUUCAAGUCGCCGUCCAAUAAGACUAUCAUCGAUUUUGGUCAGAAUGUAGCCGGCUGGCUUAGGGUUUCGGUAUCCGGUCCGAGAGGUACAAACAUCACCUUCCAUCAUGCCGAAGUCCUGGAAAACGGCGAGCUUGCGCUUCGCCCACUGCGCUUUGCCAAAGCCAUUGAUACGUUUAUUCUAAACGGCAAUGGUGUCCAAACGUGGGAGCCACGGUUCACUACCCACGGGUUUCGGUAUGCACAGGUGGACGGCUGGCCGGAGGCAACGACACCAUUGAACGGAGAUUCUAUUACAGCAAUUGUCGUUCACAGUGACAUGGAACGUACAGGUUGGUUCGAAUGCUCCCACGCACUGCUUAAUAAAUUCCACCAGAAUGUCAUAUGGUCUAUGAGGGGCAAUUUCAUUUCGAUCCCGACGGAUUGCCCGCAACGCGAUGAGCGGUUAGGAUGGACCGGAGAUGCACACGCCUUUGGGCCUACUGCUGACUAUCUCUACAAUACUGCUGGAUUUUGGCGAGGCUGGCACCGUGACGUUUGGUCCGAGAUGCAAAUAAACGGGUCAAUGAGCGUACCACCACUCGAAGCAGGGAGCUGCGGCAGUAUGGGGCGACGUUACUAUAUGCUGGAAGAGCAAUACUCACAAGCCCAAGGUUGGAUAGAUACUGGAAUUCCACGUGAAGAUACUGGUCUUUGGGAUCGAGACAGCUUUCAGUAUGGAGAUUGGUUGGACCCGAAGGCACCAGCAGACAACCCAGGUGAUGCCACUACGGCCACGCAUCUUGUUGCCGACGCCUACUUAGUGCGAAUGACUGAGCUUCUUACCAAUAUCUCCACUGCCCUCGGCCACAGCGACUUGGCGAACAAGUACAGUGAACAGCACACCAGCUUGGUUGAUGAAUUCCGCAAAGCAUGGCUGAAGGACGGUGCGAUGGCAAACCGGACGCAAACAGCUUAUGCUCUGGGGUUGCACUUUGGCCUGUUCACAACCGAAGAGGAGCGAUCCGCUGCGGGCGAUACCUUGCGCAGUCUAAUUGCCGACAAUGACUAUCUUGUUGGCACAGGCUUCGCGGGAACUCCACCUCUGGGAUUUGCUUUGGCAGAAAUUGGCGCCACAGAUGACUUCUACCGCAUGCUGCUGCAGACAAAGGUGCCUUCCUGGCUAUAUCAAGUAGUUCAAAAUGGAACUACAACGUGGGAACGCUGGGACAGCCUCUUGCAAAAUGGUAGUGUCAACCCUGGUGAGAUGACAAGUUUCAACCACUAUGCCUUUGGCUCCAUUGCCGAUUGGAUGCAUCAGGUUAUUGGCGGCCUUGCUCCUGCCGAGCCUGGUUGGAAAAAAAUUAAAAUCGCACCUGUGCCAGGAGGUAAUAUCACCAGUGCUAACUCGCGCUUUAUCAGUCCUUAUGGAGAGGUCAGUGCCAAGUGGGAGCUGAAUGGGGAUAGCUUCGACCUAGAAGUCACCGUUCCGCCAAACACUAAUGCUGUCAUUACAUUGCCAUACGGUAAUGUGACGAGAGAGGUUGGAUCGGGGCAACAUAAGUUCAAUGUGUCGAGGGAGUAA